AUGAGCAAGCGAGGCACUCUAGAGGAGAAGGAGAAGUCACUGAAGGAGAAGUAUGAGAUUGUCAAGAAGCGACAGCUAGAACAAGAGAAAUUGGAGAAGGAGAAAGAGGAGGAGGAACAGAAGAAGAAGUUAUUAGAAGCAAAGAUGCUCUUGACAAAGGGUAUCGAUCAAUCUAGCACAGAGGUCAAGUCAACAGGAUUCAAAAGACCAACGAUACAUAGGAGCAAGCCACAGACACCAGCUGCAUCAACACAGGCUGGAGGAGGUGGCGGAGGCAACGAUGCAGGCAUCAAUCACAACAAUCACAACAAUCACAACAACAAUCAAUCAUACUCAACAUAUAAUACAUCAUCGACAGGAAUGUCAGGCUUUGACUACAAGAGACAGAGGGUUGGAUUAGGAGCUGGACCCGGAAGAGGUGGUGGCUUUGAAGAUGGCGAGUACGAUGAACAGAGCAUAUCCCAUGACCCUUCUUCCUCUUCUUCAUCUUCGAGGCCACCUCACUUCAACCCAUCAUAUCCAUUACCGACCAAUGGCGGUGUCGAUGGUGGUCACAACCCAGCUGGGUUUGGCGAGUACAACAAUAACAACUCUGGUUAUGGUGGAUACUUCAACCCAGGCGAGCAGGUACAUUCAAUAUAUGUUGGCGACCUAGCUCCCGACACGAACAAGUACGACCUGAGCGAAGCAUUCAAACAGUAUGGCAACAUCAAGUCUGUCAAGAUAUUCCAUCAGAGAGGAUACGCAUUCAUCAACUUUGCAGACAGCGAAUCAAUCAAGAGGGCGAUUGAAGGGAUGAAUGGCGCAAUGAUCAAUGGAUGUCCAAUCAAGGUGUCACAUUCAAAGAGCAACAACAACUUCUACCAACCAUUCUUUGGUGGUCCAAACAACCCCAACUUCCAGCAACCUCCAUCAUUCCCCUACCAACAGCAACAACCUCAGCCACCAAUGCAACAUGCUCCACACCAACCUUAUCCACAACAGGCACAUCAUCCACCGUCAUUUCUAUCGAAACAGUUUGGCGAUACACAUCAACAAACAUCAGCAGCGGCAACAUCAACAAACAAUGAACAAUCCUAUGAUGAUGGUAAUGACCAAGACGAUACACCAAAUGACAACAACAACAACAACAACAACAACAACUCAACAUCAAAAGAACCUCUGCCGCAUACGACCGUGCCCUCUGAAGGCACUGGUACGGCAGAUCCAGCAUCACUUCCAUCAAUGCCAGAAUUGAGGAGAAGCAUCACAAGCUAUGAACAACUGUCUCAAUAG